AUGAUUGAAAAUUUGCUUACACACCAUGAUCAUACAUUGCUUGCACAUUUCGUACGUUAUAAAGUAACAUCACAAAUUUAUGCAUGGCCUCUUUUUGAAACAUUCUUCUCGGAAAUAUUUAACCGUGAUGAAUGGCUUUGUUUAUUUGAUCAUAUAUUUAGUAAUCAUCCAUCAUUUGUUCUCUAUAUUAUUACAUCAUAUUGUAUUAAUAAUCGCAGUGCCCUGUUACGUGUUACUGAACUUGAUGAUUUUAAAUAUUUUUUUCAUCAUCGAAAUCCUAUAUCAGUACAAACAAUUCUUACUGAAGCUUAUCGUCUUAGUGAAGUCACACCAGUUGAUAUUGAUCCAAAACGUAUGAUUGAAUCAUUUCAACCAUUAACACGUGGACAAUAUCCUGUUUUUAAUAAAUAUCCAAAAUUUAUUGUUGAUUAUCAAAUACAAGAAAAAGAAAAAUUACGACAAGAAGAAAUGAAUUAUAUUCGACAACGUGAACUUAAUGUUGAAAUGUAUCGUGAACGACAACAACGUCGACAUGAAGAAGAAUCAUGGCUUCGACAACAGCAAUUAUUAAUUGAAGCUGAAGAAAAACGACGUACAUUAUUACUACAAGAAGAUACUCGAGUUAAAGAACAGAAAAAUAAAAGUGAUUUAAUCGGUUGUAUGUCAUUUAAUAUGAAGACACUUCUUAAAACAACUAGUUGUAUAAAGACUUCAUCAAAAUAUAAAUGGUAUUGUCUGUUACCGGAAUCAAUCGGACGACAUAAAUGUAUGGCUUUAAAUGUAAAUACUUCUUCAUCUUUACAUAGUAAAAAAAUUACAACAUUAAAAAAACCAUAUUCAUUACAAAACUAUAAUCAAUCAAAUGGACUUGUAUUCAAUGUUGACAUAUAUGAUCGUGAUGAAAUUCAUUUUUCAUCUGGAUUUCCAUGUAAAAUAAGUGAAAUUAAAUCAAAUACUAGUUCAACAUCUACACGGCCUAUGCCUGGUGACAUACUUUUACAAGUUAAUGAUAUUAAUGUUUCCCGAACACAAGCUAAAGCUGUUAAAAAAUUAAUAAAAAGUUUAUCAUUACCGAUAACUCUUCAAUUAUAUCGUCGUUCAAAUCCAUCAACAUCAAUCAAAAUUGAUAAAAUUGUUUUAAAUUCUGUUGAACAACAUGAACCAUUAAAUAGAAAUUUAAUAUCAACCGAACCUUUAUAUUCAUCAUCCGAUAAACAAUUUAAAACAAAAACAUAUGAAUGUCUUAUUACAAAACCCAUUCUAAUGAAUAUUGAUCAACAACAAUCUUUACUUAUGUCACCAAUUGAUCGAAAAAUUUCUACACGAAGUGAUGGAAGUGAAUCAGGUGUUGGUUCUGAAAGUAAUUCAUAUUCUGAUGCUGAUCAAGAUAAUCGAUUAAAAAUUCUUUCGGAAUCUUAUGCACGUGAAGUUUUAAAUCUAAUUGAAAUUGAAAAAGAAUUUAUUAAUCAAAUUGAACUUGGUGUUCAAUUAUAUUCACGUCCAUUAAAACAUUAUUUAAUAUCAUCAAAUGAGCACGCAAAAUUAUUUCAAAAUAUUGAAAAGAUUUUAGCAAUAUCACGUUAUCAAUUAAAUCGUUUACAAUCAUUAUCUGAACGAACAAUAAUAAGUCAUAUUGGAAAAAUUUUUCAUGAAAAAGUUCAACUAAUAUGUGAAGCAUUUAAUCAUUAUAUAUCGGGUUGUCCAGAUGCUUGUUUACAAUUAAAACAAUUAAUAAAAUGUGCUAGUUUUCAAAGAUUUAUUCAUGGAAAUAAUUCAAAUCUAACAAUUGAACAGUUCCUACAAAUACCAUUAACUCAUAUUGAUAAUCUUGUUAAUCAAUUGGAUACAUUAUGUUGUACAUGUGAAAAUGCAAAUGAUGCUAAUUAUCUUUUACACGUUCUUAAAGAAUUACGUCAAUGUUCACUACAUGUUUCAUCUAUUGAAUCAUCAACAAGUCAACAUCAUUGUACAACAACAAUGUCAUUGAACAGUGCCAAUGGUAUAUCUUCGUCAUCAUCAAUGAAUAAUUCAGAUAAUAAUGAUAUUAUUGAAUUACAAAAUCGACUUCAAUUUUCACAAAAUAUUCAACCUGUUCUAUUAACCGGUCAUAAUCGUCACGUUAUUUUUUCGGGUGUACUCUUAUUACAAAAUGAAAGCAAAAAUUAUAUUGAGACGUGGACUGUUCUGUUAAAUGAUAUGCUACUAUUUACACAACGAAAUGCAAUCGAUACACGUUUAAAAUUAGUUUGUAAUGCGAUUUUAUUAAGUGAUAUUGUUGAUUUUCGAUCAAGUGAUGAACGUCAAGAUGCCUUAAUAUUUUUAUCAAAUAAACCGAAUCUACCAUAUAAAAUUCGUUAUCCAAGUAAAUGUUUACAAUAUGCAUGGCAAACAAUACUUGAACAACGUCUUAAAACUUGGCAACGAUCAAUUCAUGAUGAAUCGUCAUCAGCUGAAUCUGAUCUUGAAUAA